AUGCAUUGUGUGACUGCGUGUGCGUCGGUUCGAAUUGUGGCGUUGUACGAUAUUUUCUUUCGGGGCACCCGAAACAGGACUACGAUUGGCCGGUUGCUUAGUCGGACGAUCGAGGGGCGGUUCAGUGCGAAGUCGUCGCUGCGACAGAAUCGGUGGGUUUUGGUAUCAGUCGUUGAUGCACUGCUGCAGAAGAUGAUCUUCGUUUUUGUCCAGAUUCGAGCAGAUGUAAAAAUCGUUUCACCGAAGAUUCGUGAACUCUCGUUCAAGUCUGCGGUGAAAAAAGCACCUCCGGGUCUCGGGGAUCGAAACUUGUGA